AUGGUGCAGAUUAGCGAGGUCAAGAACAGCAACCGGGACCACCGCACGUCCUCCCACACGCACAUCAAGGGCCUCGGCCUGAAGAGCGAUGGCACGGCAGAACGGCAGGCAUCUGGCUUUGUCGGUCAGGCGUCAGCACGAGAGGCAUGCGGUGUCGUUGUAGAUCUCAUUCGCGCACACAGAAUGGCCGGCCGCGGCGUGAUGCUGGCCGGCGGCCCGGGCACGGGCAAGACGGCUCUGGCGCUGGCCAUUAGCCAGGAGCUGGGCACCAAGAUCCCCUUUUGCCCCAUUGUCGGCAGCGAGGUGUACUCGACCGAGGUCAAGAAAACGGAGAUGUUGAUGGAGAAUUUCCGGCGCGCCAUCGGGCUCAAGGUCCGCGAGACAAAAGAGGUGUACGAGGGCGAGGUGACAGAGCUGACGCCCGAGGAGGCGGAGAACCCGCUGGGCGGCUACGGCAAGACCAUCAGCACGCUUCUGAUUGGCCUCAAGAGCGCCAAGGGCCAGAAGAAGCUGCGGCUGGACCCCAGCAUCUACGAGGCGAUCCAGAAGGAGCGCGUCACCGUCGGCGAUGUCAUCUACAUCGAGGCCAACACGGGCGCCUGCAAGCGCGUCGGCCGCUCCGACGCAUACGCCACCGAGUUUGAUCUCGAAGCCGAGGAGUACGUGCCCAUCCCCAAGGGCGAGGUGCACAAGAAGAAGGAGAUUGUGCAGGACGUCACGCUGCACGACCUCGACAUGGCCAACGCGCGCCCCCAGGGCGGCCAGGACAUUAUGUCGAUGAUGGGUCAGCUCAUGAAGCCGCGCAUGACGGAGAUUACGGACAAGCUGCGCGGCGAGAUCAACAAGGUCGUCAGCAUGUACAUUGACCAGGGCGUCGCCGAGCUGGUGCCCGGCGUGCUGUUCAUUGACGAGGCGCACAUGCUCGACGUCGAGUGCUUCACGUACCUCAACCGCGCGCUCGAGUCGCCCAUUGCACCGAUUGUCGUGUUGGCGUCCAACCGCGGCAUGACCACGAUCCGCGGCACCGACGACCUGGUGGCGGCGCACGGGAUCCCGCCGGAUUUCCUGGCGCGCCUUCUGAUCAUCCCGACGCACGCUUAUGACGCCGACGAGAUCAAGCGCAUUGUGCGCAUCCGCGCGACCACCGAGGCCACGCCCAUUACCGAUGCAGCCAUCGACAAGAUUGCCGAGGAGGGCGUUCGCAUCAGCCUGCGGUACGCGCUGCAGCUGCUCGCCCCUGCCAGCAUCCUGGCCCGGGUAAACGGCCGCAAGGAGAUUGAUGUCAAGGACGUCGCGGAGUGCGAGGAGCUCUUUCUGGACGCCCGUCGGAGCGCGCAGCUGCUGACGAGCGAGACCGCCAAAGGCUUCAUAGUAUGA